AUGUCGUUCUUUGGGAGUCUACUGGGCCUUAGUCUUGUGGUCGGCAGCAAUGCCAUCCCAGGACUGCCCCAUGGCUAUACUCUCGUUCAGUCCACCGAUUUGGCCAAAUCUACAACUUAUGACGAAAUCGGAUUCUACUCAACUGCAACAAUCCCCGGAGCCUCUCCUACAUUUGUUUCAAGAUAUGAUGCCACGGUCGUUAGUGGUAAAACGCUCCCUCUCGUCACAACGACUGAUGACGCAGGAGCACCUGCCACUUGGAUCGGAGACUGGAAUACGAAUUCAGCUGGCUCUUCAGCCCUAGUACCUGUCCAGGUUUGCUCAGAGGUUGCGCAACCGUUGGACGGUAGAUCGAAGCUGGUACAGAAACGCGAUUUGGUCUGCGCAGACGUGUCUGCUUCUACUUCUACCCCCGUGCAAACUACUACCCCCCAGUCUCCGACCUCGACGGGACCUACUAGUACAAGCUCUGCACUCACCCCAACAAGCCCUUCGUCAAAGCCAAGUUCUCCGACAACCAGCUCUCCGACUACCAGUUCUGCGACCACCAGCUCUUCGCAGACUACUACAGAACAGUCAACUUCAUCGAGACCGACCCCGUCGUCGACCCCUUCGUCGCCCGCAAAGAGCCCAACCUCGAAUGGCUCCGUGCAGAGCUCUGCUACCGAGAAUAGCUCUGAAAGCACUACUCAAGAUUCGACGGCGACUGCACAGUCAACUUCGACAACUUCGGGUAGUAGUUCUCUCAUAAGCAGCAGUACCACACCGACUUCCCCUUCUAGUACCCCGGGUAAAAGUACGGAAAACUCAAGCUCGAAUCAAUCCAAUACCGCAUCGACACAAAGCACUGGCGACUCGACUGCUACCACUGGUGAUUCAGCCGCUACGACUGACGCAUCCACUACUACUGCUGAGAACACGGGUACUGCAACAGACAGCGAUUCCACAACCCAGUCGGCCACUAGUGAUGACAAGGUCACCACAACAAUGACCUCCGAGCCCACUGGCUUCAAGGCUUCUACAGUAACCCACAGUGGCUGGACCGACGACUUCAUCCUGACCACUACCGUUGGCGGCCAUGAGACUGAAGUGCCAGUUCUUACUGAUUGUGGUGACGAUUGCGGCGGCGAUGACGAUGACGAUGACGAUGACGAUGACGGCUCUAUCAUCUUGUGGGGAAUACCGAUAAAGACCGGAAUCCAGUACUCGCUGCCUAAGCUUCCAAAAUUCCACUUCCCAUGUAUCAUUAACUGCGGCAGUGGUGGCGGUGACGGGGAGCCUGGAGCCCCUGAACAAGGUGAUCCAGAUGACGACGACGACGACGACGACGACGACGAUGACGAUGAUCACUCGUCAACCAAAUCGAGCGAGCAGUCUACCACUUCUGAAGCUACUACCUCCGAUGCUACUACCUCCGACGCUACUACAACCUCCGAAGCUACAACCUCGUCCUCAUCAUGCACAUCGGUGAUGACAGUGAGUGAUUGCAUAGUGUCAUGUCCUGCCACGGAGAGUUGCAGCCAGACAUGCUUCAGUACCAUGACGGGCUGUGAUGUGACAGGCACAACCUCUACUGCUACCGCAGACGUGUGUUCUUUCACAAACUCCGACUACCGAUGCCGCAACACGACGGCUCCCACCCUAACCGCUGGAAUUGACGAGGUAGUCACCUAUACUAGCGUAGGCUACGACACUGCCCUAGCCGAGAGCAUCGAGGAAGCCCAAGAGACUCAGCCUACCACCCUACCCUGGGCGAGUGAUGCUGGGACCGCUACAAAUUCGGCCUCACCCUCGCAGAGUGCGACUGCGACUACAGCGACACAGACGCCUGAGUCGACGGGCUUUACUACCCUUGUUUCUCCGUCCCGUUCGCCCUCUUCUAGCCCAAGCAAUUCCCCCACGUCAGCUUCAUCGACCAUCCCACCCACCACGACCGACGAGCCGACCACGACCGACGAGCCAACCACGACCGACGAGCCAACCACGACCGAAGAGCCGACCACGACAUCGCUGGACCCCAGUCCCACCGAGUCAGCCAGCUGCUUCCCGACGCAUGGCGAGCAUGAUGAAGACAAAAUCCUCGAAGUCGUGCAGCCUGACGGAUCAUACUGGUGUAACCAGCCGAACGAGACAUUCUUCGAUCACACGGAUCCGACCUCCCCCGCCGGUAAUAACAUCAUUAGCGCCGGAUGGACCCUGGCGGACGAUGCACCGGAGGAGUGUCAGAAUCUGGGUGAUGAUGCUAAUCAAUCGCUGUGUGCGGACCCGUUGAAUCAGAUUGUGAGUGACUGUCCGUGGAAUGGUGGGUCGAUUAAGAAUGUUUGUGGCGAGUUCUGGAUGCAGACUUGUACUUUGAGGUUGACUUGUGAUGUGGGAGAUCCGCAGUAG